UUCACCCAUCUACUGGUAAAUCGCCGUCAAUGCUGGUGUUUGGACGUCAAAUUCGCUCGAGACUGGAUCUUUUACUACCCAAAAACAAUAUACCAAACAAACCUGAGAUUGCAGUGCGGCAGUUUCGGGAAGAAAAGGUCGGUAAACUUCGAUAUACUAUACGAUUGGACGAUGGACGGAUCUGGGAACGUCAUAUCGAUCAUAUAGCUGGGGUCGGCAGUAACCUACGAGGAAGACAAUUGGAAACAUCAAACGAGGAGGAACUUGCGGAAAGCAACGAGCAACCACACUCCCACCCCACAACGGUUACCCCAGCUACGACCAGAAUUUCAUCUGAAGAUACGGGCGGUACUACUACUACAACUAGAAUGGUACCAGUAGCUGAUCCUUUGUACACUCCGAGUACAGUGCCCAUCAAAUCAACCAAUACCAAUAUAGUACCCAAUGUUCGGCGCUCAACUCGUGUUAGUAGACCUCCCAACAGGUUAACGUUUUAGAUUGCAACUCUCAAAACUUAGCAUCAGGAGAAAAAUUUUUUUUACGAAGGGGAGAAGUGUUAUAUACACCUCCGAUAUUAUUUACACACACGUCAAAUGUACAGCAACCGGCUACACAUAC